CGGUUGCCUAGCAACACCUGAAAACAAGUAGAAGUUAGAAACGGAACGUUCAUUUGAGAAAUGGCUGUGCCUUUCUUGAACACUACCAUGAGAGUUCCUACUGGGUUUGCCAGCAUCCUAGAGGGACUAACCAGAGAGGUACUGAGAGAUCAGCCUGAAGACAUCCCUACCUUCGCUGCACAAUACUUUACAGCACUUCUUCAGAAAAGAGAGGAAAAUGGCCUUGAUCCAGCAAAGGGGGGUGCACUGACGCAGCACAGGUUUUCCAACAAUGACACCUUCAGUGAUACAGUAAACCAGGAAAAGUGCAGCCCAGCUAAAGAAACUGGAAACUCUGUAUAUGAAGACCGAGAUUUUCAAGCCGAUUCGGUUGAAAAUAUCGAAGACAAAAUUACCCAGCCUGCACAGGACUCCUCCCCUUCACCUGAGACCCUUGAUUCCUCUAAAGGCAUUGUGGAUCUAUCAGAUCUACAGCCAAACAAUGAGCUAAAUGAAUCUGAAGAAGAAUCAGGAGAGACUGAUUCUGAGCUUAACCUGGAGUUUUCAUACAGGAGAACUGCAGAUGUUGACAUAUGUGCUGAAGAGCUUAAAACUAUGGAAAUGGCUGAGGAACAAACGAUUCAAAAUAUACAGGAGGCUGCCAGCAUCAGUGAAGCAAAUGAAACAGCAGAAAAAGAUCUCGAUCCUGUAACGCUGUCAUCAUAUCGUGGUCUCGCAGAUAUAGAUGUGUGUGCUGAAGGACUGCAGUCUACUUUGCAGGAGGAAGAGCACACAGAGGACAGCGAAGACAGAAUGCAGACUGAUGCAGGUUUUAUUCCACAUUCAGAAAGUCCAGACCCUGUCCUAGUCGAACAAGGUGUCCUAGAUUCCCAUGAAGAAUGCACUCAGCCUGGUAUUGAGACUACUUUAUAUGUUGAACAGGAUGUUGAUAAAGUAAUAAAUGACAUUUCUUAUAAUGAAAUAACUGUUGCUUCUCCUGUUAAAGAAGACAAAAUAGAAGAGACUGGUCAUCUUUCUGAGGGUGUCGGUGAAAUGACUAACACUUUGUUUGAUGAUGCUAGCCCAGAGAUUCUUAAUGUUGAUCCGCAUCAUCUAAACGAAGGAGCUGAAAGUAUCAGUCUGUCAGAAGAAGUGAAAACUUUUGAUGAAAAUGAGCAAGCAAAUGACAUUUUGGCAGCUGAUGCUAUGAGUGAAUCAUCAUUCAUUCUAGAAAAAGGUAGUCUAGCAGACAGGAAGAACAAGGAUACACCAGGACUGGAGGACAUGGUGAAUGUAGCGUCUGAAGUCCAGGAGGAAAAUAACAAUUGUGAAAGUUUCACUGAUGUCACUCCUGCCACUGAUGACAGAGAUGUUAUGCAGGAAGAUCAGACAGAUGAUGACACUUACCCACAAGAUAUACCUAAAAUGAUCACUGUGGGGGAUAUGGAAGGCCUGGAGGACAGUAACCUUAAUCCCAUUGGCAUUUCAGAUGAGGACAUGAACAAAGAUGACGCCAGACCAUUUCAGCAGGAUGUAAAUGAGGUUGAGGAAACCAGUGAAAUUGAUAAAGGAAAUAAUAGUUUGAAUGCACCUGAGACACAGGAAGACAAUUUGUUUUUUAGUAUAUUCACUCAUGAAUCUAAAACAUCUGAGGAAACCGAGCAGGACAUGGAGGUCAACUAUAAACAAUCUGCUACAGAUUUCCACAUGCUCACAGAGGAACCUGAGCUAGCAACAGAUUAUAACCAGUCUGAACAACAGGACAACAACAUCCAUGAAUCCAUACUUGAAAGUGAGAACAAGGAGGUGGACCAACAGAGAAUCCAGGAUAAGUGA